AUGUUUGGGCUGUACGUGGCCCUUGCGGUGCUGGCGAUAUGCCUGUACUUUAAAUGGAAGUUAAGUUACUGGCACCGAGUGGGAAAUAUAGCCGGUCCGAAGCCGCUUCCGAUGUUCGGAAAUCUACUGGAACAGUUCACCGGCCAGAAACACUUUGGGGAAAUCUUCGAGGAGAUGUACCGGUCGUUUCCGCAGGCCAGCUGGGUCGGAUUCUACAAGAUGGCCAAUCAACCGGCGAUCGUCGUGCGUGAUCUUGACCUUGUGCGUGAUGUGCUGGUGAGCAACUUUUCUUCGUUCAACGAAAACGAUUUCCAUGUCGAUGAAACGGUCGAUCCACUGAUGGCGGCCAACCCGUUUGUACAAGCCGGAGAUCGAUGGAAGGAGCGACGUGCUCAGAUGAGCAUGAUUCUCACCCAGAAUCGCAUCAGACCAACCUUUCCGUUAGUACAGGAAAUUGCCAAUGAUUUUCUACGAUACAUUAACACCACACGAAAAACCGAUCACCAUUUCGAGGCAAAAGAUAUCUUCGCCAAGUAUACAAUCAAUGUAGUGGCAGGAGUUGCCUUCGGUAUCGAUGGAGAAUCAUUCACGAAUCCCAAUGCAGAGUUUUCCCGAAUGGGCAAUGCAUUAUUUACUCCAACGUGGCAAACGGCCAUGCGAACACAUUUAGCCAUGUUUGCUCCAGGCUUAGCGAAGCUUCUACGUAUACCGUUUGUCCCCGCUUACGUUGAACAAUGGUUCCGUAAGAUGGUAAAACAAGCAAUUCUUCAACGAAAAAAUACGAAAAGGCAAGACUUGUUUCAAGCUAUGUACGAUAAUUUGUCCGAAAACGGAAUGAUCGAGAUCGAUGAAAACCACGCGGUUGGCCAUUCGGUAACAUUUCUAACAGAAGGAUUCGAAACCUCCAGCUCUUUGAUGAGUUAUUUGCUCUUCCAACUAGCAAUGAAUCCAACUAUUCAGGAUCGAGUAGUGAAUGAGCUGCGAUCAGUUCUUAAGGAAACGGAAGGAACAUUAGUGGAAGCAAGUCUUCACAAGCUGGUGUACAUGGAGGCUGCAAUGAUGGAAACCCUUCGCAUGCACAGUUCAGUUUUUACGUUGCCACGAGUUUGUACGAAGGACUUCCAACUUCCACCGCAGUUUCCCAACGACACAAAGCAAGUUACGGUACGGCCGGGUACGUCCGUCGUGAUUCCGGUUCAUGCGAUCCACUACGAUCCCGAAAUCUAUCCAAAGCCGAACGUCUUUGAUCCGGACCGUUUUCUGGAGGAGAAUCGCAAAACACGCCACCGGUACGCAUUCCUCGGAUUCGGGGAAGGACCUCGAAUGUGUUUGGGGAUGAAAUUUGCAAUGCACCAGACCAAAAUUGGGAUUGCGACACUCCUGAACAACUAUCGUGUCAAGCUUUCUCCGAAGCAGGAGCUGCCACUAGAGUUUGCGAAAAAUACGUUCCUUCUGCAACCUAAGUCGGGAAUAUGGCUAAAUUUCGAAGAUCGAGAAUGACGGCGGAAAGUAAUAAUUUUGCGCAAUAGAACCCCGGCAGCUAUCUGCGGUUGACUUACUAAUGAAGUGUAGUGGGGUUCGUGCUUGUGGUGCUCUGCGAAUGCAUGAUAAGAUAAGCAGA